AUGGAUCCUUAUGACAGCGACUCGUCGGGGUUUGAAGAUGAGGACUUCACGGAGACCAGUGUGCUUUUGGGAUACGCUUCGGAGGAGCUGUUAGAUGACUCAAUUAGUCACCUCGGAGGCUGGCCAACAUGGCUGGACGAUUCGACCCCGCCCCCAGGCGAGUUCGCCAAUUGCAAAGUCUGCAACAGCCCUAUGAUCCUCCUCCUCGAAUUGCACGGCGACCUCCCCGAACACUUCCCGGAUGACGAGCGACGACUGUAUAUCUUCGGCUGCCCCAGAAAACCGUGCAACCGCAAGCACGGCAGUAUCAGAGCCUUGCGCGCUACACGGAAGUUGAAGAGCCAGCCAGCGCCCAAGAAGGAGGAAAAGCAGGAAUCAGUAAAGGAGAAAGAAGAGCAAAAGAAGCAGGCUGAGGCUCCCAAGCCGGACCUUGGAGCAAGUCUGUUCGGGGCGACCUCUCUCACUGGGAGCGUCUCUGCGAACCAGAACCCAUUCUCGACCAGUUCGUCCUCCGCACAAGCCAGCAACCCGUUCGCUGCCCCUCUUGCAGCACCCCAACCGGCCAAACCAGCCGCUUCAUUGAACCCGUCCGGAAAUUCCCUUUCCGAAUCCUUUGCGGACAAAGUUCGAGUUUCCUCCCCGCCCCCGACUAUCAAGCCACCCGAGGCCGCCGGCCCCGCUGCACCAUGGCCUCCGCAGUCUGACUUCCCCUCACCGUACAAACGGUACUAUUUAGAUGCGGAGUACGAAACGCUUUCUCGUCCACCUACCCCGAAAAUUCCCGAUAACGUUGUUAUUGAUAACACCGAAGAUGAUGCCAAUGGUGGCUCGGGCGCGGACCUGAAGGAUGCCCUGGAGUCUGAACUGGACAAAGUCUUCAUGAAAUUCUCAACCCGUCUUGGACAUAACCCCGAGCAGAUUUUGCGAUAUGAAUUCCGUGGCUCUCCCCUCCUCUAUUCUCACACCGAUGCUGUCGGAAAGCUUCUUUACGACCCCAAGAACCCCCCCUUGGGCGCUAAGGUGACUACUACUGGAGGUCCAAGCCGCAUGCCACGCUGUGAAUACUGCGGUAGCCAGCGUGUUUUCGAGCUGCAGCUCGUGCCUCAUGCCAUCAGCAUGUUGGAGGAUGGCCGUGAGGGGGUUGGACUGGGCCCCAAGGAUGAUGGCAUGGAAUGGGGAACCAUCAUUCUUGGUGUCUGCAGUAAGGACUGUGGCCCCGAGAAAAUUGGAGAAGUCGGUUGGCGUGAGGAGUGGGCGGCCGUGCAGUGGGAAGAAUCGAAAUAA